UAGAGCGUACCUUGGAUUGUUUUUUUAUAGACAUUCUCCACAGAGAAUGAAGUCACUUUUACACUUUUUGGUACAAGAUCUACUAAGAGCUUUGUAAACUUGAGUGAGCCCAUAUCGAACACAAGAAAAAAAAAAUAUGAUAACAGCAUCUACUAUAGCACAUAGCCCUCUAUGGGGCCAGAGUCACAAAGAAAAUAAAAUUAUUUUACUUUGUCGGCAAGAGUGUGACUUACAUUAGGUACCUCGUGAGAGAAUUAAAUUUUCAAUUAAAUUUAUUUAUGUUUAUUAAACGAUAAUGUCAUUCACAAUAAAGAAUAAUGUGAAAUUAAUUAUCAAUAUAUUUAAUGUAAAAAUAAUAUUUUCUCGUUUAUGUAGUACAAAGAAAAAACCAAUUUAUACCAAAAGAAUAUUCUCGGGUAUACAACCUACUGGUUCAAUGCAUUUAGGUAAUUAUUUAGGAGCAAUUAAGGAAUGGGUUAAAUUACAAGAUGAAGCUGAAUGUCCACUUUGGAGUAUAGUAGAUCUACAUGCAAUCACUUUGCCACAGGAUCAUAAAGAGUUGAGAAAAAACAUAUAUGAAAUGACUGCGACGCUUUUAGCUUGUGGUAUUGAUCCUCAGAAAAGUAUUAUUUUUCAACAAUCAACUGUAUCGAGACACACAGAACUAGCUUGGACUUUGGGAUGCAUGUUAACAAUGAAAAAACUUGCUCUUUUGCCACAAUUCAAAGAGAAAAGCGAAACAUUAAAAAAUAUACCUGUGGGUUUAUAUAUUUAUCCUGUUUUGCAGUCAGCAGAUAUUUUACUCUACAAAGCUACAGAUGUACCUGUUGGGAAAGAUCAAUUACAACAUCUUCAUUUAGCUCAACAUUUAGUUCAUUUUUUUAAUGGGAAAUAUGGAGAUACAUUUCCUGUGCCUAAUCCAUUAAUAAAUGAGUCAAGUGGAAGUGUUAAGUCAUUGAAAGAUCCUUCAAAAAAAAUGUCAAAAUCGGAUUAUGAAAAAAAAAGCCUCAUUAGAUUAAUUGAUGAACCAGAAAUAAUUAAGAAAACAAUAAAAAAAGCGGUUACAGAUUUUACAUCAGAAAUCACUUAUGAGCCUUCUUCACGACCCGGUGUUUCAAAUUUAGUAAUGAUUCAUUCACGAAUGUUAGAGAAAUCACCGGAAGUGAUUUGUAAAGAAGCUCAAGGAUUGAAUACAGUCCAAUACAAAUCACUAGUCACUGAUGUAAUAAUUGAAAAAUUAACACCUAUACGUCAAGAAUAUAUGCGAUUGAUGAGUGCACCUGACUAUGUAAAUAGUGUUUUAAAAAAUGGAUCAUUAAGAGCAUUGCCAUUAGCUGAUCAAUGCUGGCUCGAGGUUCGUGAAAAAGUUGGGUUUUCUGGAGGAAUGUUAAAAUAACAAAAUCAAUUUAUAAUAAAAAAAUU